UCAGUAGUUGGAGGAGCUUCUCCAAGAAUGGUCAGAAGCAAACAGAGGCCAGCCCAGGAAGCUGGGCUGGAGCUCCUCGAGAGUCCAGGGAAUUGACAAGGGUAUCUCCAAGGGGCAGGGGCAAGGCCAGGCAAGCUAAACAGAAGCCUUAUCCCUGUUAUCACCUCGUUUCUGUCUCCCUCUAGACCCAUAUAAUGCCCAGAGGUGAGCUGUCCUGAGACACUGUGAUCCAGCCGCCUGCCAGUCCCACAAGCCCCAAGUCAGCUGCCGACACAAAUCGUCAUGGAGUCCCGGGGAAAGUCAGCCAGCAGCCCCAAGCCAGACACCAAGAUGCCUCAGGCCACAGCUGAGGCCAAGGCCACUCCAGCUGCUGAUGGGAAAGCCCCCUCGACCAAGCCUGUGAAGAAGGACACCCAAACAGAGAAGCAGGAGCAACCAACAGCCCCUGGGCCAGCUACUACCAAGAAGACACCGGCCAAGGCAGACCCUGUACUUCUCAACAAUCACAGCAACCUGAAGCCAGCCCCCGCAGUGCCCGCAGCCCCCAGCAGUCCUGAUGCAACUUCAGAGCCAAAGGGUCCUGGGGACGGGGCCGAGGAGGAUGAGUCCAACACUGGAGGCCGAGGCCCCUGGCCUUGUGAGAACUUGACCCCUUUGCUAGUGGCUGGGGGUGUGGCUGUGGCCACCAUGGCCCUAAUUCUUGGUGUGGUCUUCCUAGCCCGGAAAAAAUGAUGCCUGGUGUCCAGGUGGGGGGCACAGAGCCACUUUCUGUACAGACCUGAAUAUAUAGUGCAUGCAAGGUCCUAGAUACUUAUCUAUACAUACAUACAUACAUCACACACACACACACACACACACACACACACACACACACACACACGUAUGCUACAUACAUCCACGCAGCAGGAGAGAGAUAGACAGUGAGCCCACCUCCACUGACCCCAGCACAUUCUUUCCCAAGUCCUGGGGCAAGAGCUCAGCUCUGCAGUUUGCAGGAAGCACUGACAUGGGGCAGAGGGGAUAGCCUGGACUAAACAACUAAGAACAGAUGCUGGAUGUGGUAGAUGGA